AACCAUUCUUUCUACGUCGUCUUACAACAAUGAGGUUCAGUGACCUACUCGUGGCUGCGGCCACGGCGAAUGCCUACACCAUGAACUCCCAGGUCCGCCUUGCCUACCACGGCGAUAACGGCAUGAUGGUCAGCUGGAACACCUUCGAUGUCGUCAAGAACCCUUCUGUCCAGUGGGGCCUCUCGCAGAACCGUCUGGACCAGAUUGCGACCUCCGACGUCUCCGUCACGUAUCCCACUUCGCAGACCUACAACAACCACGUGCUGAUCAGCGGCCUCCGCCCCGAUACGACUUACUUCUACAAGCCGUUGCAGCUCAUGAACAGCACUACCGAAGUCUUCAACUUUACGACGAGCCGUGAGGCUGGUGACAACACCCCCUUCUCGGUCGCCGUCGUCGUCGACCUCGGUACCAUGGGUAGCAAGGGCCUGACCACAUCUGCGGGCACUAGCGUGGCGAGCACCAACAUUCUUCAGCCAGGAGAGAAGAACACCAUCGACUCGCUGGAAGCCAACAUCGACAACUUCGACUUCCUCUGGCAUGCGGGCGACAUUGCCUACGCCGACUACUGGCUCAAGGAAGAGAUCCAUGGAUUCCUGCCCAACACAACCAUUCAGGGAGGCGCCGCCGUGUACGAGUCCAUCCUGAACGAGUUCUAUGACGAAAUGAUGCCCAUCACCGCCCGCAAGCCCUACAUGGUGGGCCCCGGCAAUCACGAGGCCAACUGUGACAAUGCCGGCACCACGGACAAGGUGCACAACAUCACGUACGACAGCAGUAUCUGCAUGAUGGGCCAGACCAACUUCACCGGCUUCAAGAACCACUUCCGCAUGCCUAGCGACGUCUCCGGCGGCACCGGAAACUUCUGGUACAGCUUCGACCACGGCAUGGUGCACUUCAUCCAGCUCGAUACCGAGACCGACCUGGGCCAUGGUUUCAUCGGCCCCGACCAGACUGGCGGAUCUGAGGGUUUCACCGGUGUUGACCCGGUCAAUGCCACCAUGAAUGCGCAGACCAACUGGCUUGAAGCCGAUCUGGCGGCCGUUGACCGCUCCAAGACUCCGUGGGUCGUUGUGGCCGGCCACCGUGCCUUCUACCUCAGCAACACCGGUGAUACCUGCCCGACCUGCAAGGACGUCUUCGAGCCGUUGCUGCUCAAGUACAACGUUGACCUGGUGCUGUCGGGCCAUUCGCACAUCUACGAGCGCCUCGCACCAAUCGCCGACGGCAAGAUUGAUCCCAACGAGCUGGAGAAUCCCUCCUCCCCCUGGUACAUCACCAACGGUGCCGCUGGCCACUACGACGGCCUCGACUCCCUCGAUAGCCCCCGCCAGCCCUACAGCCGCUUCGGCCUUGACACGUCCAACGCCACCUACGGCUGGAGCCGCCUGACCUUCCACAACUGCACUCACCUGACUCACGAUUUUGUCGCCAGCAACAACGACACCGUCCUUGACUCCGCCACUCUGUUCAAGGCCCGUACUUGCGACCAAGAUCGUAGGCGCCACUGAGUCCGUCACUCCUGUCACUGCUAGUGACUGCGAAAAAGACCUCAACCAUUCUGGCUGGUCGCUGCCUUGAAAGUUCUGUGAAGCUCGGGAUGUGGCGCUCUGUAGUAGGUACGAGAGGAGCAGGACCCGCACGCAAGAGGGUCAACCCUUUGUAUGAGUGUCUUGGAAACGUGGAUACGUGUAAUAUGAGUCUAAUAGAUGAAAAUGCUUCAAG